CUCUCAUUUAGCCUAGCCUAUUUCGUUCCGGAAGAAAGCUAAAAAUGGCGAAGGCUAUGUAUCUCGAGCAUUAUCUUGACAGUUUAGAGUCACUGCCUGCUGAAAUGCAGAGAAAUUUUAAUUUAAUGAGAGAUCUAGAUCAACGAUCACAAGACCUGAUGAAAAAAAUUGACAAAGCAGCUACUGAUUACCUGAAUAAAGUUCGUCACAUGUCCCCUGAAAAACGUACAAACCAGCUGAACCAGAUCGAGUCCAUGUUUACCAAAAGUCGCGAGUAUGGUGAUGAUAAAGUGUCAUUAGCGAUGCAGACCUAUGAAAUGGUAGAUAAACAUAUACGCAAACUAGAUGCUGAACUAGCCAGGUUUGAAGCAGAUUUAAAAGAUAAAAGUUCUGGACGUAAAAAAGAAUCGCCAGAAGGGAAAGCCGCAGGCAAAAAGAUGAUACAAUCUUUUCCAGAAAAUGAAAAAGAUAAGAAAAAAAGAAAGAGCAAUAAAGAAGAGUUUGAAGAUGAAAUUCCAAAGAAGAAAAAGAAAAAGGGGGCACAGACAGAAGAAGAAACUGAAAUAGCAGCAAUUAGUCCAUUCCCCUUGACCACUCAUCCAUCUGAUGUUUUAGACAUGCCAGUAGAUCCGAAUGAACCCACAUACUGUUUGUGCAAUCAAGUGUCAUAUGGUGAAAUGAUUGGUUGUGAUAACCUAGAUUGUCCAAUAGAGUGGUUUCACUUUGCCUGUGUUCAACUGAAGACCAAACCUAAAGGAAAAUGGUAUUGUCCAAGAUGUCAAGAAGAGAGGAAAAAGAAAUAAAUUCAUCUCCAACUCUGGUUUGAUUGUGUUCAAAUUUUAGGCAUUGAUAAAUAAUAACAAUGUUGCUUGUUGUUUUUAAAUGAUAUUAUUCAUACUGGUCUAAAAACUUUCUAUUAAAUUUACACUUAUAUGCCGGUAAGAUUUUAAAAGCACUUGUUUUAGAAAGCCUCUUAGAUUGUGUUAGAACUUUGUACAGGUUUUUAAGAUUUCUUUAGCAAGUCAAUUUACAAAUUUGUUAUCCAUUUAAGUUUGGGGCUUUUGAUUUUAAAUAACUGUAGUGAUUUAUUAAAGUGUCUGUACUGUAAUACCUGCUUGCAGACUUCAGUUUUGUAACUUGAAAUAUAUUUACAAGAAGCAGAAAGAUAGUUUGGUUGAUUAUGGAUAUUUAACUGCAUUUUCUAAUUGAAAUUUUUAUCCUAAACAAAUACUUUUGUGUAAAUAUGCUAUUUUUACCAAGAGUCAUUUUAACAUUACUGUGAUCUUGAGUAGAUGAAAUGCAAUGCGUGUCAGUGAAAAUGCGAAAUUGUACAAUGAAGCUUUAAAGUACUUGUUUUGUUGGAAGUAAUUGUUUGGUUGGAUGUUUAACAAUUUCUGUUGUUAAUGAAUUAAUUGAUUCAUGUAAUUAGUAAGUUAAAAAUCAGUGUGACAUUUGAUUGGAAAGUCUGUGUGAUUACUUGGCAUAAUUGAUGAUAUAUACUAAUGAACAAUUCAUCCCAAGGGUUGAAAAUGUGAAAGAGAACAAAUGAUUUGGAAAUUUCAGUGAGCAUGAGUAACAAUAUGUAUAUUACUUGUUUUUUUAUUUGAAUGUCACUAGAAAGUAUUACUAAAAAUACAUAAUUUUGUCUUAUUGAAGUACUAUAUUUUCAAAUGUUAAUUAUUUUAAAAAUGGAGUUUUAUUAUUAAAUUAUAAGAUCUGUUGUAUAAUAAGUUUUAAUAUGUGCGAAUGCAUAUACUAUAUAAGAUUUUAAGGUAUUGUUUAUUUGGUAAAAUUGGUUGAAAUCUGAAACAUAACUGCUUAUUCUUCAACACCUAAGUAUUUCACUUACAUUUCCUGUUUCUUAAACAAGUAUCAGUAGCAUUUUUUAUGGCUUUUUAAGCUUUUAAUGUUGUAGUUUCUGUACAAUCUUAAAUGCUUUACGCAGAAGCAUGACAUUUAUUUUGAUUGAUGUACAUUAUACUAGUUUUUAGAUCAAUUUAAAAUGUUGCUAAUGUACUUACUAUUUAAAUUAAUGAUAGAUAUGUCUAUUCAGACAUUUUUGAAGUUAUUUUAAUUUGAGAAAAAGUAAUGUAAUAAUAAAGCGAAGGAAAUCCUGUCAAAUUCUUUAAAGAAAGUCUUUAAGCUAUGUAUAUACAGUGUAAAUAAAGAGGAAGAAAUAUCAGAAAAAAAAGUGUUUGAUUAUUUUAUAAAGCUUUAUUUACGAAUUUUAUGUUUAGACAUUGCCAAUAAAUUAAUACAAAUAAUUUUUUGGCAGUU